GACGGGCAAGCUGAUGUACGUGAUGCACAACUCCGAAUAUCCCCUCAGCUGCUUCGCUCUCUUUGAAAACGGCCCCUGCCUCAUAGCGGAUGCCAACUUCGACACCCUCAUGGUGAAGCUGAAAGGCUUCUUCCAAAACGCCAAGGCGAACAAGAUAGAGAGCCGGGGCACCCGCUACCAGUACUGCGACUUCUUGGUGAAGGUGGGCACGGUGACAAUGGGGCCCAGUGCCCGUGGGAUUUCUGUGGAGGUGGAGUACGGCCCCUGCGUGAUCGCCAGCGACUGCUGGAACCUGCUCCUGGAGUUCAUGCAGAGCUUCAUGGGGAACCACGCUCCCGGCGUCCCGGCCGUGCUCGGCACCAAGCACGACAGCCUCUACGGCCCGGCGGACACGAUGGGGCAGUACAUGGAGCUGUUCAACAAGAUCCGCAAGCAGCAGCAGGUGCCCGUCGCGGGGAUCAGGUGAAAGGAAGCCCCGGAGCGCGGCUCAGAGCGACGGCAUCCCCUGCUCUGCCUGCCCCGCUGGACCAGGAGUCCCUCCAAGGAGCGGCACUGGAGGCAGCCCAAGGUUUUUU